AAUAGAACACGCUGACUUCUGUGGCGUGCAGUGCUACUUAUGUAUGGUUCUGUGCCCUGACAUGUCACGGAAACGGGAUCCGGUCUCUAGGUCAACAGUAUAUUGGUCGACAAUGGUUAGGUCGACAUAAGUAGGUCGACGUGAGUUUUUUAAAAAUAAUAAUUUUUGUUACUUUUUCAUAAUUAACGAUCCACGCGGACUACGAUUGGGAAUAGUAACCUGCAUGGUAAGCAAAGCGAGUCAUGCGAGCGGACGCGGUGCACUAAUUGGACUUCCCGGUUACUGUAUGGAGAAAACAACACCAAAAAAAAACGUAAAAAAACUCAUGUCGACCUAAAGCAAAUUUGCCUUCCCUCCCUGAAAGGCCGGGAGGCUCCCGAAAUUCAGGUGGCCCUCCAGGCCUUCCGGAAAGGUGAACAAGUACCCCGCUUUUCCUGGCAGCCCCCGCACUCCCCCUCGGCCGCCCACAGCAGAGAACAAGUGGGCGGCCCGAAGGGGAUACGAUGACGCGAUUUGCAUCAUCAUAGCUCCGCCCCCCCACUGUACAGUGCCUGUUUUCUCUGCACUGUCUAGUGGGGGCGGGGCUACAAUGACGCGACUAUGGUGCCAUGGCCCCGGACUGUUCACUUUCCCCGUCGGACAUGCUCCCGGACCGCCGGACACGCCCCCAUUCACCUACCACGCUGCAGCCUCCCGGAGGAUAAUGCAGCAAGGUAGGCAACUAUGACCUAUUGACCCUGUCGACCUACUUACUGUCGACCUAACCACCAUCGACCUUACAUACAACACCCAUGGGAACUUUAGUCAGAGAUUGCAGAGCAUAACCAGACAGAUUGUGUCUGCUCUACCUACACACCGUACAUCCGGACACUUAUUGCGCACCCCAAGUAUUACCUUAAGUAUAGAACCAUGUCAUCUGUGUGUGGGCAGCAAUUUAUCCAACUGUUACAUGCAUCCACGUGUGCGAAAGUUUGUAUACUGUUAUUUAUAUUGGACUGGGUCAUGGCCUAUUGUGACUUAGGGCCUGGACCCAGAUUAUUGCUUAGUACAAUUGCUGAACUGUUAUUCCCUUUUAACAUUACAUUGCCCCAUUAUUGUUAUUACCAGCCUUGGGGGCUUAUUUGUCAAUUAUUAGUAUUCAGUCCUGGUAAUUGGGUGAUAAGAAAUUAAAUAUCGCCCAAAUAUAUCAAUAUACAACCGCAGAGACAGGGUCCGAAAGGAGCCGUCCAUCUGCUAUUUGUUUGUGAAAUGUAACUACAACGGGCUAAUGACAUCUUCAGCUUGGAAACCUCUGGAGGCUGCUGUGGAAGAUGGCGGUACACUGGGGGAUGGCUGUUUUUGGAGGAAUAUCCCGGAAAUCUGCUGAAUAGGCCCCAUAAAGCAUUCCGUAUGACUUGGCCUCUGUACGAGUGGACUUCUGCUUGGGGCUUUUCUCUCACUUUGGGGGCCAUUCCAACCCGUUUGCACACAUCGGUUCUUCGCUGCGGUGAGAACAGGUCGGGACUGCGGCUGCACGGCGCCCGCAAUGCGCACAGUCAGCACCGGACAGCGACGCCACAGCGCUGAAAGUGAUCGCAGCGGCGAUCACAAGAAGAUUGACAGCGGGGAGGCAUUCCGGGGCGUCUACUCACCGUUUUCCGGGCGUGGAGAUCCGAACGCAGGCGUUUGGAGGGCGGAUGUCGGACGUCAAUCCCGGGACCUUCGUCUCUGGAUCCGUCGCACAGGUUUGGCGCUGCACCCGGAGAGGUUGCUGGUGGCUACAGGACAGGUUGGGAAAGAGCCGUAUAUCUGCGUCUGGGACUCGUACUCUGUGCAGACUGUCUCCAUACUGAAAGAUGUUCACACCCAUGGGAUCGCCUGUUUGGCCUUCGACCUGGAUGGGCAGUGCCUGGUGUCUGUCGGUCUGGACUCCAAGAACACCAUCUGCGUGUGGGACUGGAGGAAAGGGAAGAUGCUCUCUAUGGCUCCGGGUCACACUGACAGGAUAUUUGACAUCUCCUGGGACCUGUAUCAGCCCAACAAGCUGGUGAGCUGCGGCGUGAAGCACAUCAAGUUCUGGAGUCUCUGUGGGAACUCACUGACCCCGAAGCGCGGGAUGUUUGGGAAGACCGGUGACCUGCAGACUAUAUUGUGCCUGGCAUGUGCGAGAGACGAGGUGACCUACUCCGGAGCGCUGAACGGAGACAUCUACGUGUGGAAAGGACUGAACCUGGCUCGGACAAUCCAAGGAGCGCACGCUGCCGGUAUCUUCAGCAUGAACGCCUGCGAGGAGGGAUUCGCCACCGGAGGACGGGAUGGCUGUGUGCGUCUGUGGGAUUUAAAUUUCAAACCUAUUACGGUGAUUGAUCUCAGGGAAACAGACCAAGGAUACAAAGGCUUGUCUGUGCGCAGCGUGUGCUGGAGGGGAGACCACAUCCUGGUGGGGACCCAGGACAGUGAGAUCUUUGAGAUUGUGGUGCAUGAGAGAAAUAAGCCUUUCCUAAUAAUGCAGGGACACUGCGAAGGGGAACUCUGGGCUCUGGCCGUGCACCCCACCAAACCGCUGGCCAUUACCGGAAGCGAUGACCGAUCAGUCAGGAUCUGGAGCCUGGUAGACCACGCUCUCAUCGCUCGCUGUAACAUGGAGGAACCCAUCCGCUGUGCAGCCGUCAGUACGGACGGCAUCCAUCUAGCGCUAGGGAUGAAGGACGGCUCGUUCACGGUGCUGCGCGUCAGGGACAUGACGGAGGUUGUCCACAUCAAGGACAGGAAGGAAGCGAUCCAUGAGCUGAAAUACUCUCCGGAUGGGAACUUUCUUGCGGUGGGAUCCAACGACAGCUGUGUGGAUAUCUAUGGGGUCGUCCAGAGAUACAAAAAGGUCGGGGAGUGUAUGGGUUCUGUGACCUUCAUCACACACAUGGACUGGUCCUCAGACAGCAAAUAUCUACAGAGCAACGAUGGCAGCGGCAAGAGGCUGAUCUUCAGGAUGCCAGGGGGAAAGGAGGUCUCCAACAAGGAGGAGCUGAAAGGGGUGCAGUGGGCCAGGUGGACCUGUAUCACGGGCUUGGAAGUCAGUGGGAUUGGCCCCAAAUAUUCCGACAUUAAUGAAAUCAACUCCGUAGAUGCCAACUAUCCCGGGCAGGUUCUGGUGACGGCUGAUGAUUACGGGAUAGUGAAGCUUUUCCGAUAUCCCUGUCUGAGAAGAGGCGCAAAGUUUAAAAAGUACCUUGGUCACUCCGCUCAUGUGACCAGCGUGCGGUGGUCACAUGACUAUCAGUGGAUCAUUUCGGUUGGUGGGGCAGACCACUCUGUGUUUCAGUGGAAGGUUAUCCCAGACAGGAAGAUGAAGGAUGUUCUCCACAUAGCACCACAAGAGAGUUUGUUUGAUUCCAACAGCGAUGACUCUGAUUCAGAACAGUCAGACGUUCCAGAGCUGGACUCUGAAAUAGAACAAGAGACACAGAUCACUUACCGUCGGCAGGUGUACAAAGAAGAUCUACCUCAGCUUAAGGAGCAAUGCAAAGACAAACACAGAGGCGCUUCUUCCAAGAGGAGGGAGCAGGCGCCCCUAAACAGCAUUCGUCUGCACUUCGUGCACGGGUACCGAGGCUAUGACUGCCGCAGUAACCUAUUUUACACCCAGACGGGCGAGAUCGUUUACCAUGUGGCGGCAGUCGGAGUGGUGUACAACCGGCAGCAGAACACGCAGAGGUUCUAUCUGGGGCACAAUGAUGACAUCCUGUGCCUCGCCAUCCAUCCAUUGAAGGACUAUGUGGCAACUGGCCAGGUGGGCAGAGACUGCACAGUGCAUAUCUGGGAGUGCGAGACGAUGAAGCCUCUCUCCGUGCUGAAGGGCCAGCACCAGUACGGAGUGUGUGCGGUGGAUUUCUCAGCUGAUGGGAAGCGCUUGGCCUCUGCCGGAAUUGAUGACAAUCACACUGUGGUCUUGUGGGACUGGAAGAAAGGGGAGAAGCUCUCCUCCGUCAGAGGAAGCAAAGAUAAAAUAUUUGUGGUGAAGAUUAACCCUUAUAUGCCGGAUAAGCUGAUCACUGCUGGGGUGAAACAUAUGAGGUUCUGGAGGAGAGCAGGCGGGGGUCUAAUAGGACGCAAGGCUUGUAUAGGAACUGGGGCGAAGAUGGACACAACGAUGUGUGUUGUCUACGGCUGGACGGAAGAGAUGUCUUUCUCCGGAACAUCAAGUGGAGAUGUCUGUAUUUGGAGAGACUUGUUCCUCAUGAAGACGGUGAAGGCUCACGAUGGGCCCGUGUUCAGUAUGCACGCCCUAGAUAAGGGCUUCGUCACUGGCGGGAAGGACGGCGUGGUGGCUUUGUGGGAUGAUUCCUUUGAGCGAUGCUUAAAAACCUAUGCUAUCAAGAGAGCAGCGCUGGCGCCUGGCUCUAAAGGGCUGCUCCUGGAAGAUAACCCUUCCAUCCGUGCCAUAUCAUUGGGACACGGCCAUAUCCUAGUGGGGACCAAGAACGGCGAGAUCCUGGAGGUUGAUAAGAGUGGACCGGUCACCCUGCUUGUCCAGGGACACAUGGAAGGCGAGGUAUGGGGUUUGGCCACCCACCCUCACUUACCAAUCUGUGCCACUGUGAGCGACGAUAAGACUCUCCGCAUCUGGGACCUGUCUCCCAGCCACUGCAUGCUCGCCGUGCGCAAACUGAAGAAGGGUGGCCGCUGCUGCUCUUUCUCUCCGGAUGGGAAGGCUUUGGCCGUCGGCCUGAAUGACGGAAGCUUCUUAAUUGUAAACGCUGACACGCUGGAAGAUUUGGUGUCUUUUCACCACAGGAAGGACGUCAUCUCAGACAUUCGCUUCUCCCCCGGUACGGGGAAAUACCUGGCAGUUGCCUCCUACGAUAACUUUGUAGAUAUUUACAAUGUGAUGAGCAGUAAACGCGUGGGAGUGUGCAAAGGGUCUUCCAGCUAUAUCACCCACCUGGACUGGGACAUGAGGGGUAAACUGCUUCAGGUGAACACUGGUGCUAAGGAGCAGCUGUUUUUUGAGGCCCCACGAGGGAAAAGACAGAUUAUUCCAGCCCCGGAGGUAGAAAAAAUUUCCUGGUCCUCUUGGACGAGUGUCCUGGGUCCCAGCUGCGAGGGGAUCUGGCCGGUGAUUGGAGAGGUCAGCGAUGUGACUACAGCCUCCCUGACCAAUGACAGCAAAGUCCUGGCAACUGGAGAUGACUUUGGAUUCGUGAAACUUUUCCGCUAUCCAGUAAAAGGGAAGUUUGGGAAGUUCAAGAGGUACGUGGCUCACAGCUCCCAGGUCACCAACCUCCGCUGGGUACACGAUGACAGCCUGCUGGUGACGGCGGGCGGCCUGGACACCUCGCUCAUGCUCUGGACGCACGAGGUGGAAGGACACAGAGAAACCAGACAGUGCGACAGCGAGGAGUCAGACCUGGACUCGGAGGAGGAUGGAGGCUACGACAGCGACGUGACCAGAGAGAACGAGACCUCCUACACCAUCAAAGCCUUAUCCACCAACAUCCGGCCCAUGUCCGGGGUCAAACCGCACCUGCAGCAGAAGGAGCUCUCCCUGGAUGAGAGACCUCCCGUUAGUAGGGCAUUGCCGCAGCCUGAAAAACUCCAGACCAACAACGUUGGGAAAAAGAAGAGACCCAUUGAGGAUCUGGUGCUGGAGCUGGUGUUUGGGUAUCGUGGAAAAGACUGCCGGAAUAAUGUGCACUACCUGAAUGAUGGCGCUGAUAUCCUGUACCACGCUGCCUCUGUCGGGAUCCUCUACAAUGUCGCCACAGGAUCUCAGAGUUUUUACCAAGAACACACAGAUGACAUAUUGUGCCUGACCAUCAACCAGCAUCCAAAGUUCAUCAACAUAGUGGCAACUGGCCAAGUAGGUGACACAGCCGAUAUGUCCGCCUCUGCGCCUUCUAUUCACGUGUGGGAUGCAAUGAACAAACAGACCCUCUCCAUACUGCGCUGCUACCACUCGAAGGGGGUGUGCUCCGUCAGUUUCAGCGCCACCGGCAAACUGCUCCUGUCCGUGGGGCUGGACACAGAACACACUAUAACCAUAUGGAAAUGGCAGGAAGGUGCCAAAAUUGCCAGCAAAGCUGGCCACAACCAGCGUAUCUUUGUGGCCGAAUUCCGGCCGGACUCUGACACCCAGUUUGUGUCAGUGGGGGUAAAACACGUGCGGUUCUGGACGUUGGCGGGAAGGGCGUUGCUUAGUAAGAAGGGCAUGCUGAGUUCCAUCGAGGAUGCCAGGAUGCAGACCAUGCUGGCCGUGGCGUUUGGAGCGGGAAACCUGACGUUUACAGGUACAAUCAGCGGGGAUGUCUGCGUCUGGAAGGAUCACAUACUGUCACGGAUUGUGGCUAAAGCUCACAACGGGCCGGUGUUUACCAUGUACACUACUCUGAGGGACGGGCUUAUAGUCACCGGCGGCAAGGAAAGACCGUCCAAGGAAGGGGGCGCGGUGAAGCUUUGGGAUCAGGAGCUGAAGAGAUGCCGUGCCUUCAGACUAGAGACCGGUCAGACCACUGACUGUGUGAGGUCUGUGUGCAGAGGGAAGGGUAAGAUCCUCGUUGGAACUCGCAAUGCCGAAAUCAUUGAGGUGGGAGAGAAGAACGCAGCCUGUAACAUUCUGAUCAACGGCCACAUGGACGGACCCAUAUGGGGGCUGGCGACUCACCCAAGCAGAGACUUCUUUCUGUCUGCCGCAGAGGAUGGGACAGUGAGAUUGUGGGACAUUGUGGACAAGAAGAUGCUAAACAAGGUGAAUCUGGGCCACGCAGCCCGUACCGUGUGCUACAGCCCCGAGGGAGACAUGGUGGCCAUCGGCAUGAAGAAUGGAGAGUUCAUUAUACUGCUCGUUGCCUCCUUAAAGAUCUGGGGCAAGAAAAGAGACCGGCGGUCUGCCAUUCAAGACAUCAGGUUCAGUCCAGACUCCCAUUACCUGGCCGUGGGAUCCAGUGAGAACGCUGUUGAUUUCUACGAUCUGACCAUCGGUCCCUCGCUGAAUCGCAUCAGCUACUGCAAGGAUAUCCCCAGCUUUGUGCUACAAAUAGACUUUUCCGCAGACAGUCGCUAUGUGCAGGUCUCUACAGGGUGCUAUAAGAGGCUGAUCUACGAAGUGCCUUCAGGAAAACUACUCACGGAACAAGCUGUGAUUGACAGGAUAACAUGGGCCAGCUGGACAAGCGUGCUGGGAGACGAGGUGGUGGGCAUCUGGUCCAGGCACAACGAGAAGUCAGACGUGACAUGCGCCUGCGUGUCUCACUCAGGGAUCAGCCUGGUGACGGGCGAUGACUUUGGGAUGGUCAAACUGUUCGAUUUCCCCUGUCCUGAGAAAUUUGCGAAACACAAGCGGUUUCUGGGCCACUCAGCCCAUCUGACCAACAUACGUUUCACCAGCGCAGAUCGCUACGUGGUCAGUGCAGGGGGCGAUGACUGCAGCUUAUUUGUAUGGAAAUGUGUCCACAUGCCGCACUGAUAACAGCAACUGCGCAAUCCUCCGCCCACAGCACCAGAUGGGAGAGACGAUCUUCUAUAAGGCCUGCUGCAUGAGUGGCAGAAAGAGGCCACAGGAUCCAGGAGAAGCUGGUGUGUGCUCAGGUGGAACUCUGGCCAUGGAGAGGAACAGUAUUACAGGGCAGCAUGCGUCACAGCCUGUGCUGGGAUCUGGGGCAGACCGCCUCGGCCACACCGCCAUGAUUCCAUCUCAACGUGCCAGUUACAGGACAGGUCUUUCCACCAGCUGGAAGUAUACGGUUGUGUAGUUGUGAACAUACCAGCAGUAUGGAGAUCUCCCAUGAGGUCCAAGUCACAGGAGCAUGGUGGUGGCGCCGACAACAGGGAAGAGCAGCCAGGCCAUACUGCGUGGACCAGUACUAGCUGUGCCGGCCGGGAUGAGAGUGCCUUCCCUACACUCCCAAAGUCAACGUGUCCUGUCUUUGCCUUGUUCAGUCUGUCCCACACUGGGGUUGCCAUAUCUAUGUGCUGCUUGUUUCUUUCUAACAUUUACAGCUAUGUUAUAAAGACAUUAUCCAGUCUGUUGAGAUGUAUAUUUAAACCUCUUCAAUGCUAGAGGGGGCCUGUAACUCAUAUUGGGGUCACGAGAGGGACUAUGGCUAUAUUUACUCCUGAAAACAAGAUAAAUAUAAUUUGUUAUAACUUC